AUGAGCCCCUCUAAUCGAUACUUCUACCGUUGUUUCUCGGAAGAAAGUGCUGGUGGCUUGACAUGCGGCCUGAGACGCGUCGGUCCUCGAUUAUCCCAAUCCGAACUCUCCCUACAUUUCGAGCUUCAUAAAGUCCAGAAAAACAGGUAUCCAACCGCUCUAGUCUCCGUCAGUGACCGUCCCAUCGAAGCUCUCCACCGUGCUUUUGUCAAGCACUAUAACGAUGGAGAGGACUCAAGUACCAUAUGGAUUGCCAUCGUAUCAGUUCCAGUCACUACGGCUGCUGAGAAACCCUACCACCAUGCCCAACAGCUUGCUGAUAGGGCCGUCCAGUUCAAGCAUGAAUACUUGUUCGAAUGGCAGAUCCCAGAACAAUUUGUGGUACAUACCAUCUCAGUCCAGACACUUCUUAGCCGAGGGCUCGACCUAAAAGAGCAUCUCGAUCAUGGUAACGACGAAAGCUCUUUACCCAAUCUUUCGACAUUCAUGACCAGGAUGGCCGAAGGAAUUUCGAAUUCUUCGCUUGAUGGCCAUGGCUUUGGCAUGUAUUUAGCACACAUAGCACGAUGCUUCGGUGCCAGGGCGCCAGUGCUAGAAAUCGCCUUGCAGAUUUUGAGUGAUUGCCCCCGAUAUUUCAGUGUCGUUACUAAGGAUGGCUCCAAGAAAUGGCAACCCUACACCGAGGAUUUCUGCUGGAUAUUAGAUGGUAUUGACGAGGGCAUAUUCGAUUUCUGGCUUGCGGACAGCACUUUCAUUCUCGAUCAUCGGAAUUUUGUGGAAUGGUCUAAGUCUGUGAGGAACGAAGUGGAAUGGAUGUGGGUGGAUUACAGUGUGGACUUCUAUCAUGAUAUUUGCACAGGGGAAAAAUCGGAUUAUGUUGGUAGAGAAAGGCAAAGAUUAACGAAGUAUGAAGAGAAUAUCGAGGCAGAGAUCGAGGAGGAAGCUGUGGCCAUAGGCCUUUGA